UUGUGUUUUACGAGCGGCAUGUCGCGAUUUCUUUGGCAUUAAAUUUUUGAUUAUUAUUUGCCGUGCGCUUUUGUUGUUGUUGCCUCGUUUGCUGUUAAUUAAUGCUGAUUUUUAAAUUAAUUUAAUCAGUUGUUCUAAGCUUGCCAUUGAAUGAAAUAAAGCGUGCUAUGAAAUAUGAAUGGAAUAUGUCGGCAAAACACCGGUAAAACGUGAUUUAUCGAGCACCGUCGAUCAGUGCAGAGUAUUAUGCUUGUGUUUGUGCCAAAAAUUAGAAAAAAAAUUAAAAGAUAAAUAAAUUAACGAAUAAAUAAGAAGCAGCACAUGUAAAUAGUGACACAAAAAAAAAAUAAAUAAAUAAAUUACGAUUUUGCAAAAUAAAAAGUGUGUAAAGAGUGGCGUGACAGAAAAAGAAUCGGCAAAAUAUCUUUUGCUGGCGCAUACAAUUGGCUGUUUAAUGUGUAUCGUGUUUUUGUCUGCUGAUUUGUCGAUCGGUUUGCCUCUGCCGGUUUGAAUGCUUCUUCGCCUGUUGCGUGCGUGGUUCGCUACUUGCGCGUGUGUUUGUGUUACAGCGUGAUAAUUAUAUGCAUAUGUGCGUACGUGUGGUGCAACGCGUGGAGCAAGUGGCAAGCUUCAUUGCCAGAUCAACAUCUUGCGCUGGCGUUCACCAAGCUGCAGAUACAAAAGUGAUAGCGCACACUUUGCUGACAGCAACAACAGCUCAUCACCAAUAACAGCAGCAAAAAUAAAUUACUACAUACACACAUACCCAUAGUGCAGUCUUUAAUUGUUCUUCGUCAAGAUGAUGUUUACACCCAACAUUUGACACCUUAAAUAGUUACAGUUAGCUAACCAUAUUGUGCUUUCAAAUUGCUGCUAUUGCUCCUUUCCGAUAGUCCUCCUUAUUGCCCUGUUCACCAUCAAUCAGCUGUUUUACUGCAGCACACUGCCGUGCCAAUUGGAUUUAAUUAUUUUAAAAUUUUACAAAACUGAUCAUGCGUAGAUCAGCGCUUAGCCGAAAUCACUACUUCGUAUUCGGCAUACUCGUGGGUUUGGCGCUGAGUUUCUAUUUGCCGGAGGAUGUUUGGGAUCUGGUGCAAAAAGAGGAAUGCCCUCAAGAGGCUGCCGAGAAUAGUCUGAUAGAAAAAUUCGGCGAAGAAUUCGAGCCACAUUUGAAUUUAAUUAGCAAACCUUUGGCGGCUAAAAAACCGGCCACGAAUGUCAUUCGUCCGCGCUAUUACUCCUCCGAGUUGGGUAUACGCGAGAAGAUCUUCAUUGGCGUGAUGACGUCACAGGACAACAUCAAUACUCUAGCGACGGCGAUAAAUCGCACCACAGCGCAUUUGGUGAAUAAAAUUAAAUUCUUCAUUAACGCCGACAAUGUGAAAACGAACUAUAAACUCAAGAAUAUUGUCGGCUUCACAGACACACGCGAGAGUCUGCGACCAUUCCAUGUGAUAAAAUACAUUGCGGAUAAUUACCUCGAUGACUACGAUUACUUUCUGAUCAUGCCAGAUACGGUGUACGUGGAUGCACGUAAACUGAAGACACUGCUCUAUCACAUCAGCAUCACUUUCGAUCUAUAUAUGGGUGCCAGACUGGAGCAGAAUAUCGCGGAUGGUGGUGACAGUGCGGCGGCGGCGGCUGCGGCGUCCAGACGUAUCUCGAAUUCCAAUGGUGUUGAUGAUCUCGGCAGUCAAAGUGAUCGUAAUUACUGUGAUUUAAAUGCCGGCAUUUUGCUUAGCAGCAGUGUCAUACGUAAGAUGCGCAACAAUCUGGAUUGGUGUGUGCGUAAUGGCGUCAGCAAUGUGCAUAGCGUCAAUAUCGGUCGUUGUGUAAAGUAUUCAAGUAAUUUGUCCGGAUGUCAGACAAGCUUUCAGGGUAUACAUGAAGACAUUUAUGGUUUGCAGCCACACAUGAAACUUUUCAAGGAUUUAAAUAUACUUGCCAGAGACGAGGCCUUCCGAAAAGCGGCGGCUGUGUAUCCCGUGACAUCGAUGGACGAUUUCUAUCGACUGCAUGCCUAUUAUUCGCGGCAUCACUUAGAACUGGUGCAGCAGCGCAGCUUCGAUUUGGAGCGCAAAUCAUAUCAAAUAGCUAACGGUUCAAUAUCGAAUAACAUACUCGAAAUACGCUGGCCACUCGGUGUGCCGCUUGGCUCAGCGCCCGAAACGCGACAUGACAUCAUAACAUGGCACCUCAUCAACAGCACACACAUUUUCCUACCCAAUGCCGAAAAUAUCGUCGAGCCAAUGAGUCACACCGACAAGUUGGAUUUCGAUAAAGUGCUUGAAAUUGCAAUUGCCUACGGCAAGCGGAAGAAUCCACACUUGCAAUAUGUUGAUUUGCAUACGGUUUACAGGAAAUUCGAUGCAACGCGUGGCAUGGACUAUCAGUUCCAUUUAAAUAUGCGCGACACCACACGCUACUCCGACGAAUUGGUGACGCAGAGUUUUCAAGUUGUUAAACCGCUCGGACGCGUCGAGGUGAUACCAUCACCAUAUGUCACCGAAAGCACGCGCAUCGCCAUAAUGGUGCCGACAUUUGAACAUCAGGCGGCGGAUGGUGUGAAUUUCAUAACGGAAUAUGAACGCAUUUGCAUGCAGAAUCAAGACAACACAUUUCUGCUGAUGAUCUUUCUUUAUCGCUACAACUCCAUAAGCAAAGGUGAGCAGGAUCCCUUCAAAAGUCUCAAGACACUCGCCUUGGAUCUAUCAACAAAGUACAAAAGCGAUGGCUCACGCAUAGCUUGGGUGUCCAUACGGCUGCCGCCAAUGCUUAGUGAUAAGCCACCGCCACCGGAGGAUAUUAUGCUCAACUCCAUAUAUGGACGCAAUGAUAUUUUAAGCGUGGCAGUGGCUGAUCUGGCGCUACCGAAAAUCGGCCUGGAUAGUCUGGUACUAAUGGCCUCCACAGAUAUUAGCUUCAAAGCGGACUUCUUGAAUAGAGUGCGCAUGAACACCAUACAGGGUUUCCAAAUAUACUCACCCAUCGGCUUCAUGAUGUAUCCCUGCCGACUGGCGCACUUCUGUAAACAAUGCGAGAGCUGUGAUGUGAGUCAAAGCUCUGGCUACUUCGACAAGUGGAAUUACGAUCUAAUCGCCUUCUACAGUCGUGAUUACGUGCAAGCGCGCAAAUUGAUUGAGUCAACAUUACCCAUCACACGCACCGACAAUGACAUUGAACUGCUGCUCAGUCGCAGCGAUCACAAAAUCAACACCAUUUUGGAUAUGUUUGUUGCCUCGCAGCUGUCGGUGCAUAUACUGCGCGGCACUGAGCCCAAUUUGCGUUAUGGCUACGCGAUUAGGAAUCAUAUAAGUAAAGGUGCGGAGGUGCCAAGAUGUCCGGCGCUACAAGCGAAUGCCGCCGUAUCGCGUAAUAAGGAACAACAAGAGUUAUACAACGAAAUACCACAACGUUACGAUGCGUUGCGCGCUGAGCGUGACACGGCGCAUGCGUACGGCCUGGACAGUCGCAAAUGCAUACAUUUGGCGUCGCGCAAACAGAUCGGCGACGCGAUCAUACGUUUCGAGGAUCGUAGUAUUCUGCAUAAAUAGUUAAACAUACAGUUGCACAAAGCAAUAACGGUUGAAUUUUAGCGAGUUAAAGAAAAUGUGCACGCACUCAUUGUGAAUGAGCGUAGUGUCUGAUUUUCUUUUAACUUUAUUUUUAAUGCCAGUUUGGCUACUGCGCAGUCAAACUGCGCACGUCAAAUGCAUGUUAACACUUUAAUGCUCAAACAUUUGCAUGAUUAUGUAAAUAUUAGUUUAAUACUUGCAAUGCUUUCGUUUAAACAUAUUUUAUGUUUUUUUUUUUCGACAAGGAAAAAAGUUAGUACUUUUAUAACUUAGUCUACUAUGCCAAAAUGCUUGCACAAUUUUUUUUAACUAUAAAACAUGUGAGUUGUGUGUGUAUUUUAGUUUUAAUUAAUUUAUUAUAAUUAUUAUUGUAUUUUUCGUAUUUAAACGGCUGAGCUACAGUUGAUUCCUAUCGAUUGAAUGUAACGAAAUGACUUUUUUGUAUGUAAUUAUGUAAUUUAUCAGUACACUAGUGCUAGCAUACGAAAAUGUAGUGUAAAUAUGUAGUACGUAAUUUUGUAAGUGGCACAGGAACUGUUUGUAUGUAUAAUGGCUGUUAAGUGUGUUUUAUCUACGUCAACGAAGUAGAAAUAUGCCCGAACUUGUCCUUUCCAAUUGCAAAUAUUUAUAUAUUAACAUAACUAUGCAUACAUAUAUACGUGAUAAUUUGUAAGCAAGUAUUUUCGAGUAGUUUGGUGUUCAGUUACUAAUAUGCGACUUUCAAAUUGCACCCUGUUUGUUAGCCUCUCGCAUGCAUCCUAUCAUUUUAGUGCCUUAAGUAUUGUAUAUUCAUCUCGCCAUGACUGCCAAGUAUUCAGUUUGCAUGAAGCAUGUAAUUUUAAAAUAUAUAAUGUAUGCAUAUCCAUACAUACACACAUACGUAUGUUAAUAUCUUUUUGUAUAACUGAUUGUAAUUAAAUAUUGUACGUAAAUGAAUUUCAUUCCUUAUGUAAAAAGAGAGUGUUAAAUACAUACAAACAUAUGUAUGUAUUUGCAGUUUCCGCUGUAAUUAAGUGAAUUUCCGUUUCUUUCUACCUCUUUCACAUUUUCCAUAGGAAACUACAAAAACAAAAUAUAAAAAAAACUUA